CAGGCAUCACUAAAGACACUACCAUAAAGUCAAAGACUCUACCUUCAAAAAUGAGUCCAUCUCUUCUAAACAAGUCCAUUGCUUCCCUGUUGCUGGUCUUGGUGUUCUGUGCAGCCCAAGGCCAAUCCGGUAUCUUGAAUGAUGCCUUCACCGCUGCUUUCCAAAUGUUGUUUUCUGAAACUCGAGGUCUGUUGGCGACCUUGAACGAUGACUCCUCCAUUGCUGAAAAGUUUGAGCAAUGGAUGGCCAAGUACGGUCGCUCUUACAGGAGCAUUACCGAGAGGGUGAACCGAUUCUAUAUAUUCAAAGACAACUACGAGUACAUUGAAAACUUCAACAAUGCCGAGAACAAGAGUUACAAGUUGGGCAUCAAUGAAUUUGCAGACUUAACUCAUGAUGAAUUUUUGGCCAUAUAUGCCAAUAAUGAGAACAUCCCAGGCAUCUCUAGCCCAUUGAAAAUAACCUCUAGGUACCAAAGCCGGCGAAGCCUUGCCGAUGUUCCAUCAAGCAUAAAUUGGGUGGAAAGAGGAGCUGUAACCCCCAUAAAGAACCAAGCUUCAUGUGGAUCUUGCUGGAUAUUUUCGGCAGUUGCAGCCACAGAAGGGAUUGUACAGAUCAAAACUAGGGAAUUAAUGUCUCUAUCAGAGCAACAAGUAAUGGAUUGUAACGGCGUGCGUAACGGCUGCUCUGGUGGAUGGAUGACUGAAGCAUUUAAUUACAUUGUACAAAACGAAGGCGUCGCAAAUGAUACAAUUUACCCAUACCAGGGGAAAAGCUUAACUUGUGACACUACCUUGGCCUCAGAAAUUGCUGCCCAAAUUAGUGGUUAUGAAGAAUUGCCUGCCAACAACGAGACAGCGCUACUAGAGGCUGUAGCUCAACAACCUGUCUCAAUUGUCAUUGAUAGUACCAGAGAAGGCUUUCAGUUCUACAAAAGCGGGGUUUACACUGGAGAGUGUGGCACUGCAACGUCCCAUGCUGUUACCACAGUUGGGUAUGGUACUAGUGAGGAUGGGAUUAAGUAUUGGCUCCUGAAAAAUUCGUGGGGCACGACUUGGGGUGAAGACGGAUACAUGAGGAUUCAGAGAGAUGUAUCAGAUCCUCGAGGUCUUUGCGGAAUUGCCCAAAAGUCUUCCUAUCCUGUUUUCUACGAAACAAAAUCAAGCAGAAGAUGAAUAGGUAGCUCCUAGUCCUUGAGCUUCCUUCCUACUAUCUGGAGUAUUAGUCAAGCAGUUGAAUAAGCAGCUCAUUGAGCUUCCUUUCCUACAAUAAGCUUGUUAUGUAUUUUUAAUUGGCUGUGAAAAUGCCAGAAUUAUGUUGUUGUUUGUAUCAUAAUUUGCUUGUAUCAUAAGUUGAAUAAAAUAUGAUACUACUACUACUAAAACA